AGUUAUGAUAAAGCUGGCAAGAGGCGCCGACGACACCGACGCAUCCCCGGAGCGGAAUAUCCCGUGACCAUGGGGUAAAUUUCGAAGACCUUCAAGAACCGACUGUAUACCACGACAGAACCUCCCAAGCUAAUCAACUCCGGAUACUUCGCAUUUUUAGUCGCGCGUGCGACUCAGCGAAGAUGAUCACCAGAUACCUCACGGAGAUUUCGACGGCGUUCAACCCGUUCUCUCCAAGAGCGAAGACUGCACGACUAUUCCUCUCAUUCUUGCCCGGAAAUGCGCGCGCAACUAUGAAGAUCAAUACCAAGAUUCUGCCCAGGACGUCGAGGGAGAAGAGCUUUGUUCAGGUCAAAUUCAAGGAUGGAAAGGAGAUGAAACUCGAUUCCGAGCAGCUUGGCAUCAAGGGCGUGAUGGAGGAGUUGGAUAGGCAUUCCAGGAUAUUGGCAAGACAGGAGGAACUGACGGGCAACUAAGAUGGGAGAGGAUCUGAUUGCAUGGCUUGCAAGAACUAGAUGGCGUUUUGGAAAUGCAUAGGGCGGGCUGUAUGAUCUAUGUGUAUAAACAGAGGAUACUGAAAUAUUGAUGUGCAACUUCAUCCCAUGAAACGCGUUCGAC